GGGAUCGGACUGUGAGUUUCCGCGCCAAAGCCUCUCGCGGGCCGUUUGGGCGGGACGGGAGGCUUAGGGUCACUUGAAUGGAGGCUGCGGGCUCCGCAGGCUGGUUGGGGCCCCGGAUUUGAUGGACACUAUGUUCAAUCAGCAGCAGCAGCAACUGCAGCAGCAACAGCUGCAGCAGUUGCAACAACAACAGCUGCAGCAGCAACAACUGCAGCAGCAGCAGCUGCAGCAACAACAGCUACAGCAACAGCAGUUACUGCAACUCCAGCAGCUGCUUCAGCCCACCUCACCACAGACCCUGCUGCCCAUGACCGUCAGCCGGGGCCUCCUGCAACAACAGCCUCAGCAGCAGCUUCUGACUCUCCCAGGUGCCUGCUCCGCUCCCCUUCUCAGUGGCUCGGUGCUGCAGAGAGCUUUGUAUCUGCAGCAGCUGCAAGGACUGGACCAGUUUGCAGUGCCACCAGCCACGUAUGACAGUACCGGCCUCACCAUGCCCACAGCAACACUGGGUAACCUCCGUGGCUAUAACAUGUCCACCUUGAACCUGACCACCCCCAGCCUCACACCCCCACAGCUGACUACCCCAAAUCUCCAACAGUUCUUCCCCCAGGCCACUCGGCAGUCCCUGCUGGGUCCUCCUCCUGUUGGGGUCCCCAUAAACCCUUCCCAGGUCAACCAUUCAGGGAGGGGCCACCAGAAACAGACCCGGACCUCCUCCUCUAUCAACUCCAAUGGCAAGACAACACCUGUGGAAGACAAGUCAGACCCCGCAGAGGGCUCUGAGGACACCGCUGAGGCCCAUAUGGACAGCCCAGACUCAGACAGCUGCUCCCACCCAGCUGAUACCACCAAGAAGCGAGUUCCAGCACCUGAGCCGGAGGCUUGUCAGGCAUCUGGUCCACCUGCUAAGAGGUCCAAGAGCUCAGAGAAGCCCACAGAGAAGGAACCCCAAGGACAGCUGCAGGCAAAGGUCCAGCCACAGGUUCGGAUGACAGCCCCCAAACAGACACAGACCCCUGAACUGCUGCCUGAAUCACUGGAAGAACGGGUGCAGCCACUCUUCCAGCCACGGGUUCUGCAGAUCCAGGCACAAAGGCAGCCUCAGACACAGUCCCAGUCAUCACCAGCAGAGGCCAGGGUGCGGUCAAAGUUGCAGAAGCAGGCGCAGACGCAGACCUCUCCAGAGUUUGAGCGUCCACAACCAGAGCAGGUGCAGCUGCGAGCAUGUUCACAGCUAUUCAGGCAGGUGCAGCCACAGCUGCAGAAGCAGGCACAGACACAGACAUGUCCACAGGUCCAGACACAAUCAGAGCCAGUAAGCCAGCCACCACAGCAGCCACCAGAGCCACCUCCAGUGCAGCCGCUGGCACAGCCAUCAGAGCAGACCAAGGGGCAGCGUCAGACCAAGUCCCAGACAUCAGCCCCAGAUCAAGCACCAAUUCCAGGCAAUUCCACAGGGCCAGACUUACCACCUGAGAGGGCAGACGCUGUAGGCCCAGAGGAGGCCUCGCUGGAGCCUGUGGGUGCCCAGGGCAGCAUGGAGGACAGCCCAGAGGAGCCGGCCAGUGGCCUGGAAGUGGGAGCACGUGAAAGCAGAUCAAGGGAGCCUCACGGGGUGUGGGGUGCUGGGGUUUCCCUGAAGGUCACCAUACAGCAGAGCAGUGACAGCCGGGCCUUCAGCACAGUAUGUCCCAUGACUGGGCUGCGCUCCAGUGACUCGGCCUCUGCCACCCCUGCCGCCGCCAGUGCACCCUCCAAGCAGAACCUGCAGUUCUUCUGCUACAUCUGCAAAGCCAACUGCAGCAGCCAGCAGGACUUCCAGCAGCAUAUGGCGGGGGCCCAGCACCAGCAGCAGCUCGGGGAGCUACAGCACACCAGCCAAGCCUGCCUGCUCUCCCUGCUGCCUGUGCCUCGAGACGUGCUGGAGAAAGAGGGCCAAGAGCCUCUGCCAAGGCGCUGGUGCAACACCUGCCAGGUCUACUACUUUGGGGACCUGAUCCAGCACCGCAGGACACAGGACCACAAGAUUGCCAAGCAAUCCCUGCGACCUUUCUGCACUGUCUGCAACCGCUACUUCAAGACGCCCCGCAAGUUUGUGGAGCAUGUGAAGUCCCAGGGGCACAAGGACAAAGCCAAGGAGCUGAAGACACUGGAGAAGGAGAUCGCUGGGCAGGAUGAGGACCACUUCAUCACAGUGGACGCAGUGGGUUGCUUUGAAGGUGAUGAAGAUGAAGAGGAUGAUGAAGAUGAUGAUGAAGAUGAGAUUGAAGUUGAUGAGGAAUUCUGCAAGCAGGUGAGGACCAGAGACAUCUCCAUAGAGGAGUGGAAAGGCUCAGAGACCUACAGCCCCAACACCGCGUAUGGCGUGGACUUCCUGGUGCCUGUGAUGGGCUACAUCUGCCGCAUCUGCCACAAGUUCUACCACAGCAACUCGGGGGCACAACUCUCCCACUGCAAGUCCCUGGCCCACUUUGAGAACCUGCAGAAAUACAAGAAGGCCAAGAACCCCAGCCCCACCACCAGGCCUGUGAGCCGCCGCUGUGCCAUCAACGCCAGGAAUGCCCUGACUGCUCUCUUCACCUCCAGUGGCCGCACACCUAUCCCACCUAGUUCCCAGGAUGUGGCAAAAACUGCCAACAAGAUGGGAAACCUGAGGCUGAAGAAAGUGAGAAGGGAGCUGAUGGUUCCUUCUUCACAGCCCUAAGUCGACCCUCGGGGCAGUGCUGUGUAGGCAACAGUCUGCUUUAUAAUCUAGUCAUGUAGGUCCAGGCUCCAGCAGCAAAGAUGAGUGGGGAAUGCUGACUCAGCAGGGCAGGUGCACCCCCUCGCCCCCCAGCCAAUGCACGCCCAGCCCCGCUCCUAAGGAGCCCCCUUCUCUGCUGUGCUGAAG